UGGAAUGUCGAUACAUUGUUGUUGUUUUCGUGGCUGGCUCACUUAGUUGACGGUGACCGCUUCGGCUGGACGGCGGGACGCGCAUCCCAACAAGUGCGACGAGGAGCCCGCUGACUGUCCAAGGCUUCUGGCAGGAUAUUAUUCCCCCCCCACAGGCUCGCGCGCAAAUCCCGGCGGAAAUUCCGCGUCCACAAGUUCAAGUUCAAGGGACGAGGGCGACGUUACGUCACGUCGCAUUUGCGAGUUCACGCGGUCGUAGGCGUGGACAUUUUCACCUCCUCAUGCACCACCACCACCAUCCUGCUUUAACCUCAUGCCAGGGACUGUACUUCCUGGCUCUCGAUAGCCUGAAUAAGAGCUCCAAUGUUUCGGCGGCCCGUUGAACGCACGUCGCCAAAGGCAGUGCUGAGUUGGGCGGAGGGAAAAAUGCGCCCGUUGUUCUGAGAGAGCGAUGAUGAAAACACGGCCUUGGAAUGCCAGGGCUUUUCCUUUUUAGCAGGACUGAGCAAGUGAAGUGGGGCCCCUCUCUCAUCAAGUCCCCUCACUUCCCUGCGCACUGAGAAAAGUGGACGACCGCACGGCGAAGGAAUGUGAAGGAAAUUCGCUCUGUACGUGUGUGUGCUUGGGUGAAAGGAAGGACUUAAAGGCUAGAACCCUAUGUAUAAAGGGGGUGUUUUUUUUUUUUUCUUUAAAACUUGAUUUGAUGGUCUUCCCUGGAAAGAAAAGAAGGAGCCCCUUCUCUUACACAGCACUUAUGAAAGCUUGCUGUCUAGGAAAGCUUCUUUAAUUUCUGCUAGCCUUGCAUCACUUGUGUAAUAUUUCUGGGACUUAACCCUUGGGGGCUGUGCUGUUUUUUUCCAUAGAGAGAGAGAGAGAGAGAGAGAGAGAGAGAGAGAGAGAGAGAGAGAGAGCGCUUGAGAUCGAGAUCAUUUCUGGAUUGCAAGUGCAGAGCCAAAAUACAAGGCAUGUUGUCAUCUCUUGUGCAUACCACUGUUGUGUUCCCCAAACUUUAGCUAUAUAUGGUUUCGAGUGCUGUCUUUUUUAGUUAUAUUUUCAGUAUACGCUUCUUACCAUAAUUAGUUUUGUGCAUUGCUAUUUUGAUCUGAAUAAAACGCAUGGUGGGGCCCAUUCAGGGACCUAUGCUAGAGGUCCAGAUGGUAUGAAUCAGGACUUGAGCGUAUUCUUAUGUGGAGUUUUGUUUCAACUUUGCGGUUCAUUAUCUAUGCUGAACCUGACCGAGGAUGCCCAGGCUCCGUGUUUGAUCCCGUCAUGGCCAAAACAUUUGGACUGCUGGUUAAUGCGUGGCAGGUGUGCUUUACUCAAACUCAACCAAAGAGUGACUAAGAACUUACUAUUAUAGCCCUAACAUCUGUGCUGGAAUGGAAUAUCACUGGUGGCACAGGAAAAUCUCAGUUUGGGCUUUUUUUUCCUAGCCAUUUCAUUUCGUACACAUUAUGUUCUUAAAACAUUUCAUACUUCAGUCCAAUAUGGUCAAAGGGUUUAAGGAUGAUGUGAACAUGCCCUAGGAAAGCAAAGACAUAAGCAGAUAACAUGCAUUCCCAGCCAGGAAGUCAUAUGACACCAGACUAGAAUAGAUGUUGUUCCUUGGAAUAAAGAAUUAACGACUAAGGGGAAUAAUCACUCUUCUUUGAUAAUCACUGGAUGAGAAUGUUGCUGCCUUUGCUCUGCACCGAGAGCCCUUUCCUCACUAAUGAGGUAUCACUUAUCACAUUUCCACUUAAAUCACAUUGUUGGCAGAAUUUUACGGUCAGCACACUGAGCUAAAUAUAACCGGGAGAGUUAAAUAAGGGCAUGAAGCGAGCCAGGAAAGCCCAGCGUAACAGAAUCCUGUCAGCCUGUCAGCCGUGGCCCUAAACCUGAUAAAGCACAUUGUGUAAAAACAAAAAUAUAACAGUGACUGUGUAAGGGAAACUAUUCGUAGUGACACAGUGCUUUCUGGAAUGUUCAGCAUAUCUCCUAAAGAGACAAGUACAGUAUAGUCUGUACAGCUUAGCAAAAGCAUAUCCCAACAUGCUCCAAAAAAAAUAAAUUAAUUAAUUUAAAAAAAAAGCGUGACUGUUGUCUGGUGACAUGUGUUGUUCUCUUUUCAGGGUGAGGUAAUGUUUGUGCAUUAACAUAAGCUCAUCAGGGACUUUUUCUUGUCAUUUGACUUUUGAGUUCACGCUAUACAAGGAACUAAGAUGCCAAGUUAGAGAGAGUGUAGCUGUGACGAGCUUUAUGUGUUAAUAUACUGUCUAUAAUAUUACACGUUUCUGUCAUGUAUCAUAUACAGCAUUUGGAUGCGUCCAUGACUGGGUUGCCAUUUAGCCCUUGUAACUGUGUAAAUCAUUUUUCAACACUGAAAUAAGAAAAAAAUGCAUUUAGCAAUUCGAAAAUGUGUGGUUUCUUUGCUGACAGGCUGCAUUUUGUUCUUAAACGAGUAACAGGAUUGAGUUUUUUUUUUUUUUUUUUCGCUUUGAGUUAGCAAAUUCUUUUCUUCUUCCCACAAUUACUUUUACUUUUACUUUACACACACAUCUGUGAAUAUAAGAUCAGUGGAACACAAAUGACACCCCGAUCAUCUAUACUCAGUGGCCUUUUCAUUACUGUCUGUAGUUGGUGUUUGUUGCUAUGCACUUUUUGUCAGCCCCCUUCUGCCCCUACCCCGUGUACCUAUUAGUGGAAACUGUGUGUGUGUUUCUGGGUGUGUGCGUGUGUGUAGUGUUGGUGUACAUGUAUCAAGCACAGUACCGCUGAGCUGUUUAAAAACCCAAGCAAUGUCACUCCUGGGUUAAGAAUAGUUUGCCAACCAAAUAUAUCCAGCCAACAGUGACCUAGUGGUCAGAGACUGACCGCUGAUUAAGGACUAUAUGAUGACUAAAGCAAAUUGCGCAAGGAAAAAAGAUGAGCUGGAACUGUACACCUACAAAGUGGAAAGUGUGACUUUCAGGGUAUGACGACUCAUUUUAAACCAAGCAAAGCAGUAAAGGUGAAGAAGGAGGCGGGUGAGAAUGCGCCGGCGCUGAGUGAUGAUGAGCUGGUGGCCAUGUCAGUGCGUGAGCUGAACCAGCACCUGCGCGGCCUCACCAAGGAGGACGUGGUGCGGCUGAAGCAGCGGCGGCGCACGCUGAAGAACCGCGGCUAUGCCGCGAGCUGCCGCAUCAAGCGCGUUACGCAGAAGGAGGAGCUCGAGCGCCAGAAGUCACAGCUGCAGCAGGAGGUGGAGAAGCUCGCCCGUGAGAAUGCCAGCAUGCGCCUGGAGCUGGACGCGCUGCGUGCCAAGUAUGAGGCGCUGCAGUGCUUCGCUCGUACCGUGGCAUGCGGCCCACUCACGCCUGCCAAGGUGGCCACCACCUCUGUCAUCACCAUUGUCAAGUCAGCCAAUCACGGCCCCUCGUCUCCGCCGUGCUCCGCUCCGUCAUAGAGGGAGGGAAGGAGUGAGGAAUUCUUACGUCUGGUCCAAACUGGUUCCAAACCUUCCCAGCCUAAUUCUCUACUGAGAGGACACUCAGUAAUCAGACUGAAGGGGUGGGAUGGGGAGGCAGACUGCCAUUUUACCAUAACUUCUCUUCCUCUCUCUCUCUCUCUCUCUCUUUUUUUUCUUUUAAAUUUCUCUGUUUCUCCUGCACACUCAAACUCUCACUCUUAUACAAACAAAACCGUCUACGCUGUCUGUGCACUGUGCUCUAAAGCUCCGGCACCGGCAGGGCACACUGGCCUUCUCGCCUUUUCUCUGACCCAGACUGACACUUAGCAGAGAUGAGACUUGCAGACAUGGGGAUUAAGUACUUGAUUGAACCUGCCAUGGCAGUCUGUGAAUGCGCUGAUGCCUGUGGUAUCUUACAUUUUACAUCAGAGAGUGAAAAAGUAUAUUAUCAAUGUAGAACACCAUUUGCAGUAUAUUCUUGUUACUGUGCUUGUUUUUGUAGAAGUUUGAUGUAAACAAAAAUGUUGCUUAUACUUGCAACAGUUGACGUACAGUAUAUUUUAACACCUUUGUCUUGAGCUUUUGUUAGCCGUACACAGAUUAUGCUUAUGCAUAUAGGAUUUCAGGACUAAAAUGAAGGGCCUUGGUUAAACUCUGUUGCGUGCUUAAGGGGAAUCAGACACUGGUGGUAGACCAGCGAAGUCCUAAAGCCAUGCGAUUUAGAUUUAGAAUAGUUAUAAACUAGUUUUUCUUCACACACGUACACAUUCUUGUGCAUUCACAAACUGAGACAAUGAGGAAACAAAUGGAACAAGCUGUAGCAAAAAACAGCGAGUGACUCUUACUCAGCAACUUCAAAAUAUUUGAAAAGCACUUAUACAAUUACUGUUAAAUUACAGUUUAAUAUUAUAAAAGCACUUGCCAAUUAGAAUUACAUAUAGGACUAUUCAGGACAAAGAAAUCAUAGGAUUUUUUUUUUAAGAAGGCACUUGUCAGUUACAUUGACUACUAUAAUAAUAAUAAUAAUAAUAAGCCUGUCAUAAGAAUACCCUUCACUAACUUCCGUCCCCUGAUAAUAUCUGCUAAAGGGCACAUUUUAUUGUCACUUAUCUUAUAAAAAAAAAAAAAAAUAGAUACGCACCUGCUUUCUCCUGUGUUUUUUUUAUCUCGUCAGCGCCAUAACGAAUGGAAGGUAAUCCAUAUUGGAUAAUAGAGACGUGAGCUGUCUUGGCAGAAGUAAUGCAAGUCCAUUAUUACCUGUAUAUUACAGAUUCGCUAUCGCCUCACGAAUGAAAAAUGAGUGAACUGAAGAUCUCGACUUCAAGUUCACGUCGAGAAUUCCGUCCAUUUAGAAAGCAUUCCUACUGCUAGGUCACAAGAGGUGGCACUGCCGGUGUUGGUAACCCUGAUUAAAUGUUUAUGAAUCGCAAAUAAUUCGAGACAGGCUCUUGGGUAAAGACAAUCCUGGUGUUUUAUGACGUGACUCAACGUGCAGCGUCCUUUUAAAGCAUGUCAGAAAUAGGUAAUGUGAAGCUUACGUGUAAAUGCUUGUUGUGUUGAUUGAUUUCUUAGAGAAAUGACCAGUUGUGAGUUACACGUGCAAUCAGGAUUAUCUCUUACCCAAGUGACUAUGACUGUUCCUUCUUCCCUGGCGAGGCAGUUAGGGAAAAACUGUGCUGCUGUGUAGGCCGCUGGGAGCCCUGGCUCUGCGGCCUACUGCUGUGCUUUUGGCAUACUUAUUAUUUUGUAUCUCUUCUCGAUGUUUUAUAUGUCCUUUUCAUAUCUAAAUGCUAUUUAGGUUUGUUAUUUUCUGUUGUUUCUGCUGAUUUUCUUUGUAUUUUAUACAGAUUAGGGCAUGACCUGCAUAUCUUGGGAGUAGUAUGAAAUUCAGAGAUUUACACAUUCACACAUUUUUUUUUUUUUUUCCCCCCGUUCUAUGAUCAGUUCUAAUUUGUUUGACAAUAGCCAUUCUGCUUACAAACCCUCCUUGCAAAUGAGCACAUGUCUAAUCAGUGAACAUUUCAGUGUUUAUAGUGAUCCAAUGCUCUUGCUUCUCAGAUGCUUUUGUGGAAUUAGUUAGUCAUAUGAUUGUCUGUAAACUGCAGGUGUAAUUUCAGUAUUUUGCAAGGCAUUGUCGUGAUGAUGGGCUGACAGCAUUUCAAACUGGCUCUAGACAUGUGGUUACAUUGACUUACAAUGUGCAGUUCUAAAUAAAAUGUCACACUUAAACAGACAUUUUCAACCCCCACACCUUUACUUCUAGUUUUGGAUCAUAAAUACAUAACGGAAAAGAAAAAAAAAAAAGCCCAGAAAUUCCCCAGCCCCAUGCCUACUUUUUUUCUCACUUCCUAUUCCAUAGAAGGAGUUGAUUUCCCCAUUCACUCCUACUAUCAGUUCCUCUUUAUGAAUUCCAGUUCAAUUUGAUCUUUUCCAUUAAAAAAGGAAAAAAAAGAAAAAAAAACCCUUGUCUGUGACUUGUACUGACCUCUAGUGGUGAGCUCUCAAAAUGCUGUGAACAAAUGCUGGUGAAUCCAAGACACUGCAUAUCUUCUUGGAUGAACAAGGCAUUGUUUCUUUUAUGGACCAAGAAAUUAAAUUCAUGUAUUUUGUUUGUCAGAACAUUAAACACAUAGACAUCUUAUUGCAGGAAGAUUAGAAGGCUGAGGUUAUUCUACUUCACUUCACUUCGCUUCACUAAUUAGGUCAUAUCACAGUCGGAACAGGGGACAGGAAACCCUCCACCUUUGGUCGCCAGUGUUUAGUUGGCCAGUUUGGAUCGAGAGUGUAAUUUAAUGUUGGAGAAAGGACAUUAACCACCAGUGAACUCCACUGACAGCUUAAUUAUCUGCUGGACAAAGGCGAAUCCUUCCGUACCAGAUUCUCCAUAUAGCCCCCUUUUCAUUUCUCUCUUAGCAUACUUGAGAUGCUGUUCUCACUAAGUGGGUACUUUUUUUUAAAAAAAAUUUUUUUGUCUUCAUAUUCUAUGUAUGCUGUAUGUGGCCUUUUUCUGGCUGAACAGGUUAAAUUAUUCUAUAUUUUACAUAUGACUAUAUAUCUAUUUUUUUGAAAGUAUAUAUUAUAUACACGCUCAGUCAGUCCUUAAAGCUAUUUACCAUGAACGCACAUAAAAUUUUAACCAGUGCUCUUGAACACACUUGCCUAUAAACACAGAGAGAAACUCCAUAAGGUAUGCUGCUCCAAAUGAUUACCCUGUAGUUGUCCAUGUUAAGGUUGAAUGAAAAGGUAACAGAGGAAGAAGUUGAUAUUAGAUAACAGUAGUGCUUAAAAGGAGCUUGAGCUUGAUACCGUUUAUGUACUGUAGGAAAGGAUAACGUAGUGGUUUGUUUAAAUGGCCAACCACAGAUAAAAGUUUUGGAAAGUUUUAUGAGGCGUAAAUCUGAACAGCGAUUGUAAAUACAGACAUGAAAGGCAGCAAACCUAGGCUUAGAUUAAUCAUAUCAUGAUUUACACCAUUACAGAAAUCUGUGUACAUCUAUUACACUUGAAAGUUGAUAUUUAUUUUGAUUUGUGUUUUUUUUUUUUUUUUU